AUGGGAUCUCCUUUAUGGAUUGUUAUGCUCCAGCAGUAUUCAGGGUAUGUUACUGUUGAUGAAACCCAGCAGAGGAAGCUCUUCUAUUACUUUGUUGAAGCUAAGACAAACUCUACUUCCAAGCUUCUUGUUCUGUGGCUAAAUGGUGGGCCAGGGUGUUCCUCUAUUGGAAGUUUGGAACUCGAGCUUUCACUGAGCAUGGCCCUUUCAAGACAAAUGGUUCAGGAGCUCUCCUAA